CUUCCCGGGAAAUCUGAGUUUCGCGGGAGGGCUCUUGAGCGCGUAAACCGUAUCCCUUCAUUCAUCAGGCCGCUUCCUGAAGCCAUUUCUCGACGGGGGAAACGAGAGUUGGCUUACUUUUUAAUCCGUCGCAUCUGCCUAAAUGCACGUUCACGAGGAGCCAUACGUUGCAAAAGUCGACGCUUCAGACUUUAACCUUUACUUCGCUCUGAAUAUUUUUGUAACCAUUGCCGCGGAUUAGCUUGUAAGUGUCGAGACAAGAAAAGGGGCUACCCCGAGAACAAGAUGAGAAGAGGGAUCACCUCGGCUCCGGACAAAGUGAUUCUAACGGGCGUCGGUAGCUCUCAUUUGGACAAUAAUAUCAUUUUGACCGCUCUCUCGGAUCGUUUAAACCCCACUCAAGCCAACGCCACUUAUUUCCAAAUAAUAACCACACCGCCGCCUUGCAACGUUACACAGACAUCAAGUGUAUGUUUAUCCGAGCCUUCGAUAAACAACAUUUACACAACUCCACAACAAGCCGCUGCAAAUGGAGCAGGACAUCGACCCGCACUAGGAAGACCGCCGGCCAAGAGGAGGCUCGCCCUCGACGAUUCAGACCACCAUUACCAGUCAGAGCCCUCCAGGACGUCCAGAGGCAGAGGCGCCACACUAACCAAUGGGACACAUUUAAAGACGCCGAAAACGCCUAAGUCUCCACCAGAGAGGACGCGGUACGACACUUCCCUGGGCCUCCUAACCAAGAAGUUUGUGGAUCUGCUAGCUCAGUCUUCCGAUGGUGUUCUGGACCUAAAUCUUGCAGCAGAAACUUUGCAGGUGCAGAAAAGAAGGCUGUAUGACAUCACAAAUGUACUUGAGGGCAUUCAUCUCAUCAAGAAGAAGUCAAAGAACAACAUUCAGUGGAUGGGCUGCAGCCUUUUGGAGGUUGAGGGCUCACUAAACCAAAGACAAAGACUGACAGCAGAAGUUUCUGCACUGGCUGAAGAAGAGCAGAGGCUGGAGCAGCUCAUCCAGAGGUGCAGCCUGGACACAAGGCACAUAAGCGAGUCAACAAGCAAUCAAAAAUAUGCCUAUGUCACAUAUGAGGACAUCAAACAACUGGGAAACCUUCAAGACCAGACUGUUAUUCUUGUCAAAGCGCCUACAGACACCAAGCUAGAAGUACCAGAUCCUGAUGAGAGUUUAUCCAUCCACUUGACCAGCACCAGAGGUCCUAUAGAAGUUCUCCUAUGUCCAGAUGAGGAGAAUGACCACGGUAGUCCUGUUAAAAAUGGCACCACAGAUAUCAAUGGGAACUCACCGUUCCUCAAAGUCCUUCAAGAUCCAAGUAUCCCGACUAAGUCCCCCAGCACCUCCCUGGCGCCAGUCUCAUCCGUCACCGUCUCAGCUCUCUCGCCCAUCUCUUCCCCGUACACUAGCCUUCUCCAGCAAACGGAGGACCAGAUCCCCUCCACCCUGGGGCCCUUCUUGAACCUGGGUCCCCCUCUCCUGGAGCAAGAUGACUACUUAUUAGGUUUGGGAGACGAUCAGGGAAUCAGCGACUUGUUCGACGCCUGUGACUUUGAUAGGAUGCCCUCACUCGGCUUGGAUGACCUCCUGUGCAGCUAGCGCCAGCUGAUCCAUGUCCUCAUUAAGUGCAUUGGAAUGAGCUGGGAGGUCUGUGACUGUAGUUUGUUUAGGCCAAUUCAAAAUACAAGAAAGUUUGACAAAAAGGGCUUUUUUCCUCCAGUCCCAGGCAGACAAAAGGGCAUGUUUACUCACGGUGUCACACACAGGCAUGUUUGGCUCAGACUCUGGGAGGACUCCAGUGAAGCUAAAGGGGUAGCAUGAUCGGUACUUAAGAUGUCUCAUUUGGCAUAAUACGCAUUUAAGAAGAAUAGCUGCCUUUUUUUUUUUUUAACGAUUGAUGCCAUCAUAUAGACGGAGCAGAGGGAACAGAAGACAACACUUGGUUUGAAGGCAGGCUACAAGUUUGUAAACUAAUGCGCACAUUUCAACACAAAUAUCAAACGUUCUUAUUAUGGAACAUAAUUUCACACGUUUGACUGUUUGGUAGGUUAUUUUGUGUUGUUAAGAAAAUGACAUGAAGUGAUGUUUCAGGCCAACAAUUUGGGCACAAUUAGUAACCUGAGUCUGAGUGAUACAGUAUAGAUCUGGAGCCAUUGCACUUAUGGGUACGAUUGCAGUGGUGGAAAAGUGGUGUUUUUCAAAACACGAAAGGUUUAUGCUGAUUUUCAGUAAUAUGAAAAUGUUUAAAAGUUAACAAAUUAACCAAAGGCAUUCAUAACCACUAACACCGGUCAGUCUGGUUAUCACAUUGGAUGGUCAAAUUUAAAUUAAUCUUGACAAAUAACCUUGUGGAUUUAGUAGCAGAGACUUGAUCACUUGCUCUACUGUCUGCUUUCUGCAAGGCAGCUUUGGUGAGUAGUCAUUUUAAGUUGAAUAAGUGAUGACUUUUUAAUUGAUUUUUAAACCACAGACUGAACUAGUAAGGGUCAUUAAAAAAAAGACGCACCUCGCCUUCAACUAAACGAUGUUUCACAGCCAUAAUCAUAAUCUGGAAACCACGUAAAAUGAUUUUCUCUCGCUCCCGGUGGCUCCUUGGAUUAGUUGACUCGUCUGAUGGUAAAACCCAGUUGUCUUGUCUUGUCUGUAGUUUUAUUCAACUCGGGAAACCUGCGGAUGCAGGUAGUAUUGCUGCUGUUAGAAUGAGCUCUUCACGCACACAAUUGCCGUGUGCCUGUGUAAUUGUGUGUCAGAAGAUAUGGAUUGCUCAAGAUUAAAGCCUGCCAUGUUUUUUCUUUUCUUUUCUUUUUUCUAAAAGUGUUUUGUGCACAAGGUUCCCCGGGCUACCUCUUGCUUAGUGUUUGACAAUACCAUAGUAAACAGUAAGGCAUUGACGUAAAUGUCUUUAGCUGAUUUUGUCUUGGAGGUUACCUUUUGUAUUAUUAGCAGUGAAGGUGGAUAUCAUCGCACUUAGAACUUUUAUGUUUUGUGUGAGCAUCCACCCCUACACCUUUUUUAAUACACUGUUGUCACAUCUCUGAUGGAAAUACUGAUUAGUAGGCAAAUGGAUGGUUAUUCUGUCUUGUAUGUGUGUGUCUGCGUGUGGGUUUGUUUUUUUCCCCAUAGAAUAUUUUGAGCCCCAGAUCCAAAAUUCUCUAUCACCGUUGAGCCCACGUGUCCUUUAAAUGGCCAUUACAAGACUGGAAUCAGUGACUUCUGUCCACUGCUGAAGUAGUCUAGCCUUGCUUCCGUGACACUGUGUGUCCGUUUUACAUUUUUGGACUUUUCUUUCUUUUCUUUUUUUUUAUAAUCUUGCAUAUCAACUACCUGUUUUGUUCCAAUUUUUCAAGAUGAGGAAAAUCUGGUGUCUCUAUCAUAAUUGAACGAAUAUCUCCAUUCUUUGUCUCCUCUAGAAAAGUUAAUCUGCUUUUGUGUUGUUGAGACUGCCUUUUUUUGGAAGGAUUUUGUCUUACCAUGAAAGUUUCUAAAAGAAAUUAGAUAUUUUUGUAGUGCCCAGUUAAAUCUGUACUGUUUCACAGAGUGCAAGUGUGCGUCUCAUGGUAACCGUUGGAUGUGAAGCACCUGCAAAUUAAAUGCUUUUAUUGACAAUAUCCCUAAAAUUGAAACGGCACUGCUUUACAUGUUGUGGUUACGCUAAACCUGUCACCAAUUCAGUAAACUUUACUCUCGCAUCAGAGUUGUCUACUAAUUAUUAAGGGGAGAAACAAAUCCAAUAGACAUUUUGCUUUUAAAAUUUGGGUGAAAGGUUGUUGGUGUGAUGUCUGUUUAGUAUCUUGCGUUUGCUGUGUUCAUAAGUUCUGUUAAAUGAGGAAUUGAGGGUUGUGAAUGUUUGUGGGGAGGGGAGGGUGAAAUGGGAUUUUUGUUUUGUACUGUCAGACUUUGUAAUUGAACAUUUGAAUAAAGGAAUUAUA